CCGUGACUCGUUGCCCAGUGACGUGGGGCGGCCCAACUUUACGUAACCCGCCCGGCGCCCCACGGUGUUCACACAGGGUACACCUGGGGCGCGGAGGCCCAGGCGUGGGGGGUUGCUCCAGCCAUGCUGUCCCCCCAAAAGGGCGCUGUGGCUGCAGCCCACCCCUGCCGCGCCCAUCUCUGUAACUUAGUUACCCAGUGUGUGUGGACGCAGCCUGUGACCAAGGGCUUACCCUUGCGAGAAAGCUGUGGGGAGCUUGGGCCGGGGCCAGGGGUCAGAGGCCAGGGCUCAGAUGAGGAAGCCGAGGCACAGAGAAGGAAAGUGAUACACCUCUUUCCUCAGAACCGCGGGAUCGCGGUGCAGGAACCAGGUAGUCCGCCAGCAUGCCGUGGGACGCGCGGCGGCCCGGGGGCGGCGCGGACGGUGGGUCCGAGGGCGCGGGCGCCGCGCGCUCGCGGGCGCAGAAGCAGUGCCGCAAGUCGUCGUUCGCCUUCUACCAGGCGGUGCGGGACCUGCUGCCCGUGUGGCUGCUCGAGGACAUGCGCGCCAGCGAGGCCUUCCACUGGGACGAGCGCGGGCGCGCCGCCGCCUACUCGCCGUCCGAGGCGCUGCUCUACGCGCUCGUGCACGAUCACCAGGCGUACGCGCACUACCUGCUGGCCACGUUCCCGCGGCGCGUUUUCUGGGACCGGCUGUGUCGCCUGCAUUGGGUGCUGCAGCAGGGCGGGCAUGCGGGCUCCACGCUGCAGGUUUUCUGGGACCGGCUGGGCUCAGCGCCCCACCUUCGUGCACCCGAGUGGGGUUCACGGUCAAGCGACUCCUGA